GUUCGUCUCCGCUAUCACUCCCUUCCCAACCCAAAGCAAGGAUGCUUCUGAGCGGAGCUCAUGAGCUAUCGCCCUUCGCUUUCUCUCUCUUCUCCACCCAUAGCCCCAAUCCAAACCCUAACUCUAAGAAUGCCAUCGCCUCCCACAUCCGCGCUGCUUUCUCAUUCCUCCUCCACCGCCACUGCCGCAGCCGCCCCGCCUCCGUCUCUCUCCUCACUCACUCGGCCCCUUCUAGUCUCUCCUUCACAAUCGGCCUCUUUCCUUCAUUUGCGCUUUCCGCUGUGCCGCCGAGUACAUUGGUCCAGCACCUGGCGGACGAAACUGAUUCCGGCGGGGUCCGAGAGGACUCCAGCAUGUCAGCGAGCGAUGAAGCUGAAUUGUUCAAUUUCAAUGUUUCUUUGGAGUCGAAUGACUUGAGGAGGCAGUGGAAUUCGCCGAAUCUCGAGGUUAGGGAGCUGCAGGAGCUUCCAGAACAGUGGAGGAGAGCGAAGUUGGCGUGGCUGUGCAAGGAAUUGCCGGCGCAUAGGCCCGCGAUGGUGUUUCGGAUACUCAGUGGACAGCGGAAAUGGAUUCGGCAAGAAGACGCGACCUAUUUAGCGGUGCAUUGUAUGCGCAUUCGUGAGAAUGACACUGGUUUCAGGGUAUACAAAUGGAUGAAACAACAAAGUUGGUUUCGGUUUGAUUUUGCUCUUGCCACUAAACUGGCAGAUUACAUGGGCAAGGAACGAAAAUGUAUAAAAUGCCGGGAUAUAUUCGAUGAUAUAAUCAAUCAGGGGCAAGUGCCUAGUGAGUCCACCUUUCAUAUUUUGGUUGUUGCAUAUCUAAGUUCUCCAGUUCAAGGUUUCCUAAAGGAAGCUUGCAGCGUUUACAAUCUCAUGAUUCAACUGGGAGGCUAUAAGCCCCAACUAAGCUUGCACAAUUCUCUGUUCAGAGCCCUCGUGAGUGGACCAGGGGGCUCAUCGAAACAAUAUCUUAAACAGGCAGAACUCAUAUUUCAUAAUUUGGCAACUUUUGGAUUUGAAAUACAUAGCGAUGUUUAUGGUGGUCUCAUUUGGCUUCACAGUUACCAGGACACCACAGACAAAGAGAGAAUAGUGUCAUUACGAGCAGAGAUGCAGGUAGCAGGGAUUCAAGAAAGCAGAGAAGUUCUUUUAUCCAUCUUGAGAGCUUGUUCUAAGGAAGGGGAUGUGCAAGAAGCUGAAAAAACUUGGCUUGCACUUCUCCACUGUGGUGAUCCUGUCCCUUCUCAAGCUUUUGUGUAUAGAAUGGAAGUUUAUGCAAAGAUCAGAAAACCUCUUAAAUCUUUGGAGGUAUUUAGGGAAAUGGAGAAGCGGUUAGGUUCUGCCAAUGUAGUGGCAUAUCAUAAAAUCAUAGAGGUCUUAUCUAAUGCUCAAGAAGUGGAUGUUGCAGAGUCCCUCAUGAGAGAGUUCAUGGAGAGCUGCUUGAAGCCAUUGAUGCCAUCUUUUAUUGAUCUGAUGCGAAUGUACUCAACUUUAAAUUUACAUGAUAAAUUGGAGUCAACUUUCUUGCAAAGCCUUGGGAAAUGCCAUCCCAAUCGAACGAUUUAUAACAUGUAUUUAGAUUCAUUGGUAAAAAUUGGCAAUAUUGAGAAGGCCGAAGAAAUCUUCAACCAAAUGCUUAGUGAUGGGGCUAUUGGUGUUAACGCUCAAUCAAGUAACUCUAUGUUAAGAGGCUACCUCUCUAAUGGAGAGUAUGCAAAGGCAGAAAAGAUAUAUGAUUUAAUGUGCCAGAAAAAAUAUGAUAUAGAAUCCCCAUUGAUGGAUAUGCUUGAUCAUUUUCUAAGCAUGAGCAGGAAAGUUGUGAAGAAACCUCUGAGCUUGAAGCUCUCAGAGGAGCAGCGAGAGGUUUUGGUGGGUAUGCUGUUAGGGGGAUUGUGCAUUGAAUCAGAUGAAGAGGGAAAAAGGCACGCAAUUGUUUUUGAAUUCAAUGAAACAUGCAAAACACAUUCUGUAUUAAAGAGACACAUAUAUGGCCAGUAUCACGAGUGGUUAGCUUUGAGUAAGCCAAAUGAAGACAGUGACGACAUACCACAUCAAUUUAGUACAAUAUCACACACUUAUUUCAGUUUCUAUGCUGACCAGUUCUGGUCAAAAGGCCAGCCCAAGAUUCCAAGGCUAAUUCAUCGGUGGUUGUCACCACGGGUUCUUGCAUACUGGUAUAUGUUUGGAGGCUACAGAACAUCAUCAGGGGAUAUUCUGUUGAAGUUGAGAAGUAGUCAAACUGGUGUUGAGAGGAUUGUGAAAGCACUGAAGGAAAAAUCUUUGAAUUGUCAGGCAAAAAGUAAGGGUAAAGUAUUUUGGAUAGGUUUUCUUGGGAACAAUUCAACAUGGUUCUGGAAACUCGUAGAAUCUUAUGUUCUUGAUGAUUUGAGAGAUUUUCUAGAAGCAGGUGGCAAAUCCCUGAAUAAAAUGUCAGAAACUCAAGUCACUGCAUUUGGUAUUCAAUCUAAUUCCGAUGGGGGCUCAUACAUUAACAGAAACCAAGAUAAUCAGUAAGACUUCUUUUUUCAUUUCAUGGUUUGUGACUCGGGUCAUAUUAGUGUACAAAAAUGUAAGUUUCAGUUUCACAAUUUGAUGCUUCUGUGAACUUCUAGAACCAGCUAUCCUUGUUGAGAGUUCUAUGUAUAUACUCCACUAUGCAAAGACAAUUUUGUUCUGUAGUUGAACUAAGGAAUGAAAAUCAUGUUGUCAUCUUCA